CUCCGACUGUUUCUCUAUGGAUAUCUAUACUCAUGGCCUCGUAUUCAAAUAGGGUCGCGAUUAGGAUGAAUCUUGAUCUUAUUUGAUGCCCUGCUGUUGGACAAGUGGAUUGCUCGCACUGGUCUGUGUUACUGCUUGGAAAUAUAUAGGCGAGCUGACAAGCGCUUUGUCCCACAAUGUGCUACCUGCUCAUGAUUUCCAAAAGGGGAAAUACGCCCAUGGUGAGCCAGCACAGAAUUUUAACUCCCAAGAACUCCGUCGGCGAGCCGAGUUUGCUUCUGGGCGGUUCGGUGGUUGUACCGUGUAUCCGCGGUUUUUGUGCGAUGAAAAUCAGGCAGACCCACCGUCAUGACGCAGUUGUCUCCUUGCUUGGAGAGGUUGGUAGGCUGGACUCGCUGGAGUGCCGUGGCGGACAAGAGCAGUGUGCUCGUUAUACUACAGCAGUGAGUAGAGUGUAUACUGCUUUAGAUACGGGGUUGAUGCACAGUCCAAAAGCAGUCAGCGUUUCAUUGAAUCGGCCAACUCCAUUGCCCCCAGUGAUCGCUGGCUCAGGUUGCCCUCUCUGGUUCCGGAUUCCGACUCCUGCUGAUCCGCAGAUCGCCACAACUUCGGGCUUGACGGUGAUUCGCUCGAUGACGGCCAUAGGCCUGGAUGCAUUUUCUAGACACACGCCAACCCUGCCAGGACGUAUCUGGUAUAGACGUCGGAUAUUACAGGGAGACACCAUCCCCCAAGCCUGAAUUAGCGAUGCAAUUGCAGGAUGGGUCGCCGUGGCGAGCUAGUCAGCGAGCGGUUCACCGUGCGCGUUCAACCUCGGUAGACGGACAGGCACUCUUCAGGGACGGAUCCGUUGCCGGACGCAGCCUGAGACAAUUGGCAAAUUCUGUUGCUGGUGCAUUCUGCAGAGCGGGAAUGCUAGCCAAGUAAGGUUUGACAGACUCACCUCGUCACGCCGUAGUAUCGACCUCCUGGAUUUCAACAAUACUAGGGCCAUUGGCUGUUCCAUGGUUGUCUCGAACUGUCGUUCUCCAGAAUCGCUUGGAGUCCACUCUAGCGUCGCCUGUGCCCCCACUUGGAGUUCUCCCUCCCGCCCGGUGCUUUGAAGCGGCAUCCAGGAGUCAUGAGAUGAAGAAUAAUAGCCAAACUCUUCCUCAUGCUGCCGGCUCGCCGUCGCCACCGUGGAGAAGAGGCGGUACGGCACGG